UUUAGCUAGAAAUUUACUAUACCCAUCCUUAAAAGAGGAAAAGAAAAAAAAAACAUAAAAAGAAAUAGCUAGCUCAAAGCCCAGAUUCCUAUUUUAUGGAUGUAAAAUGUUCAGGUUGUUACAAGAGUACCACGGUUUUCAGCCAUGAUCAGACGGUGUUUUUUUUUUUUUUUUUUUUUUUUUUUUUUUUUUUUUGUAUAGGUUGUUUAACAUUGUUGCGCCAGCCAAGAGGAGGAAAGGCCAGACUCACAGAAGGCUUUUCAUUUAGAAGAAAGCAACACUAA